UGUGAAAACAAUGAGGAAACAUCUUUUAACUGAACAAAACAGUAAAAGCAGUGGAGUCUUGUCAGUUGUUCUGCUCCGUCUCUCCAGACAAGAUGAAGAAGCUAAUGAUACUGCUCCUCUCCUGCCAGGUUGCAUCUGCAGUCAGAUACUCCUUGACCUUUUACCUCAUUUUAUCCUCUGGAGACCCAAACAUCCCCCGUUACAUGGCCAUGGGAGACUUGGAGAGAGUGAGGAUGAUUUACUAUGACACCAACAUUGACAGAGCCGAGCCCAGACAUGACUGGGUGAGAAAGUUAAUUCAGGGUGAUCCAGAACUUUGGGAUGAGAUUGUUAUGAAUGCCGUAAAUUAUUAUCAGUUUUUCAAAACUGAAACGGACAGUUUCAAGCGCUCAAACCAAACUGGAGGUGUUCACAUCAUCCAGCAGAUUUUGGACUGUGAAUGGGAUGAUGAGACUUUUGAGGUUGAUGGUUAUAACCAAUAUGGUUAUGAUGGAGAAGACUUCCUCGCAUUUGACCUGAAGACAGAGACAUGGAUCGCUGCAAACCCACAGGCUAAAAUCAUUAAACAGGAGUGGGACAAAAACCAACGAUUGUUGUUUUGGAAGUACUUCCUCACCAACACUUGUCUUAGGUGGAUGAAGGGGUUUUGGAUCUAUGCGUGGGGUUCUCUGUACAGAACAGAUCGUCCCUCAGUGUCUCUCCUCCAGAAGACUCCCUCCUCUCCAGUCAGCUGCCACGCUACAGGUUUCUACCCUGACAGAGCCAUGAUGUUCUGGACGAAAGAUGGAGAGGAGCUUGAUGAGGACGUGGACCGAGGAGAGAUCCUCCCCAACCAUGAUGGAACCUUCCAGAUGAGAGCUGACCUGAAGGUUUCAUCAAUCCCCUCUAAAGACUGGAGGAGGUACGACUGUGUGUUUCAGCUCUCUGGUGUGAAGGAGGACAUCAUCACCAAACUGGACAAAGCAGAGAUCAGGACCAACUGGAGAAAUGGAAAUGAUGAUGGUGACCAGAUGAAGACCACAGUCAUCGUUGUUGCAGUGGUUGUUCUUGUUGUCGUCCUCAUUUCUGUUGUUGGAUUUAUUGUUUACAAAAAGGCGAAAGGUGAGAGACUCACAGGAGUUGAGUUUACGCUCUCAUCUAGACUGCUACAUCGAAGCAACGAGUGACAGCCGAACACCCUUCACCUCCUCCAGACAACAUCUCUGAGCUCACUAAGAAACUGAAUCCAGGAACCUGAUUGACAAACACAUCAUCCUGCACACAGUGAUGUCAAAAAGCAAAAUAUUCACACCUCUGUUAAAACAAACUUUUCUUAAGUUAAGAAUCUCUGACUAAAAGCUGGUUUCCUUCCAUUAAUCAUGGCAGCUGUCUGUGAAGAUAAGUGGGAGAUAAGAUGUUUUCCUUAAAAAAAGACUAAAAAUUAAAGCACGUGAAAAGCACAGUAGUUACGCAUGUAACCCUCCAUUAAGAUAUUUUGAAAUUAUUUUUAUAUAAGGUGUCAAUGAAAUGCUCAGGUAAUAACAUACUGUUAUAGAACGAUUCAUGUCCUGUUGGAGUUGGACUUUUUUCUGUUUUAUGUGAUUAUUCCAGCUCUUUAAGUGUCAGUUGACAAAAAUCACAAAGACGAUAUAUUUUCUGACUUCCCUCUAAUGCAGAUAGUUUUGUUAGUUUCAUUUGCUGAGGUUUUUAGAUACCUGCUAAAUCCUAAUUAGAGUGUUUCUCUAGAUACAAUCUGUGAUUAAAAAAAAAACAGCCAAGCACAUUACACUUUAUGUUUGCUUCUGUUUUAUAUAUAUGAUGUAUAUUACUUUUUAUGAUCACAAUAAUUACAUAAAUAUUACAUUAAUUAAUGAGGUCAGUUGUCUUUUAUCUCUUAUAUAAAUAUUUAGAAUAACCACAACACAAAGCAUUUUUCUGUUUUGCUGCUUUUGUACUGCUGCUUCUUUUCAAUGAAGUCUCUGAUAAUUAUACUGUGUGGCUGUUUUUGUAAAUAUGUUUAGUCAUCUGUGUGUGUUAGUCUCUUAGAGAUUAAAUUAGAGACUGAAGAUUAGUUUAAAUUAAAUAAAAUGACAGAUUAGAUGAGUGUUUCUGUUAGUUAGGAGGAUGUAUAUCUGUUACAGUCCUGGUCAUAUCUCUACCUUCUAAUUAAGAUGCAUUCAAGAUGGUGGUGGAAGUUUUGAGGUGGAGGUUAUAAGAACAAGUAAUAAAAAGAGUACAGGUAAAACUUUAAGAACAAUAAAA